GUGACUCAUCCAGAAAUGACCACCUAUUUUGACUUCUAUGACGGUGCCCAGUACAUCCCAAGUCCUUGGCUGCGGGCAAUCUACCCACUCGACUAAUGGGGCCUGGCUCUCUUCGCCAGCGC